AUGAACCCUCCCGAGUCGACUAUCUGCGCCACGUCGCUCGGCAGCAGCGCAGUAAGUCGUGAGGUCGUCGCGGUGCACGUGGAAAGAAAAAUCAAGGGCACGAUCACGUUUCUAUGCGGGCUACCGGGGCAAAUCGCAUCCAACUGUCGCGCGCGAGUCAUGCACGACGAAAAGACACCCGCGGAGGUUGGUGGUGCCACCAUUAUCCUCGCGCCGGCCGAGAAGAGCAGUACGACCACGAAAAAGUGCAACAGAAAGAAGGAGGACUCGCACGGCUAG